AUGGCUUCAGUAACAGAUGCCAGAUACAGGCAGAAAGAUACUUCAGAUCAAAACUUUGAUUACAUGUUCAAACUCCUGAUCAUUGGCAACAGCAGCGUGGGCAAAACAUCCUUCCUCUUCAGAUACGCCGAUGACACUUUCACACCAGCCUUCGUUAGCACAGUAGGAAUUGACUUCAAAGUGAAAACAGUUUAUAGGAAUGACAAGCGGGUGAAACUGCAGAUUUGG